AUGGACUCGAGGAAAAGCAAGCGAAAGAAGAUGGGGCCCCGCAAGCGUUUAGUGUCUGAAUCGGCUAAAGAUUUGGCUGGUCAGCCUGAGGAAGAGCCAUGCAGCUCCCACACUGUGGCAAAGGAAACGGAUUUUUCUGCAGCUCCCACAGCCAUAGUAGCUCUGAAGCGCAGAAACCUUGACAACAAUGCCUUAAAAAUAAGGCUAGAUGCUUUAAAGGACAAAUUGUUAACUGUUGAAAGGGACAGGGACUAUCUGAGGAUACAGCUGGCUGAGGCUAUGGCCCUUCUAAAAAUGGCAUCAGUUAAGGCGCCAGUUACUUCGGAAGGUGAUCAAAUAGGGGCAGCCAACUCCUCUUCAUCCUCCACCUCCUCCAGUUCCUCCUGCUCCUCAUCCUCUUCGUCAGACAGAGGGAAGAAGAGGAAGAUCCUGACCCCAGAAUACGCCAUAACCCGCUACAAGCGUGUUCUUGAGGCGGUGAACAAGGGCAGCAACAAAACGGCGGCUUACAGAGCAGUAGGAGUGGACCGCAAGACCAUUGCCGACACUGCAUCAAUUGCAGAAUUGCAUGCUGUGAACCCGGGUAUCUUCCAAGAUAUCCGGGGAACACUGAAGAAGGGGGAAACCCUUCUCCGUUUCUCUGAGGUGUGUAAGUCUGCCAUCAAGGACAAACAUUUAGAGGGGAAGGUCCAGGAGUUAAAGAUGAAUGGAGGACUAUUAUCCAUUAAUCCAAAGGGGAAGUGA